CAAAAGGAGCGCUAAAAGCAGUACUGAUUGAUAAACAGUGAAAACACGUGACUUUCACACCAUUCAGACCUCAUUGCAAAUUGAGUACACAUUUUGAGCACUCGUUUCGCAAAUCAGUUUAAAUUGGCGUUAAUUUAGUGACCAUUUCAACGGAUAUUAUCAUCAAAACGAGUCAUCGAUGGCUACAUUCACGCAACAGAGGGAUGAGCUGAAGACGUGUCCAUACAAUCCUCUGCACAAAGUGGCGGCGAGACGUCUUCAGAUGCAUAUCGUUAAGUGUUCACAGAAUCCGGCGAAUCCAAAACUGGAAGAUUGUCCAUUCAAUGCCUUACAUAAAGUACGACCCGAAGACCUCAAGAAACACAUCCACGAGUGUAGGGAUAAUCGACAAGUGAUCCGAGAGAUCGAGCAGAGUCGUAACCGAUCAGAGCUGCCGAAUGCGGCCGCUGUCACCAAACCUAACCCUUUGCCGAAGUCUAGCGAUGAUUGGGAGUCACAUAUCGACAAAACGAAGCCACAGAAGACAUAUAUAAUGCCCGGACUGUCACUGAAUUGGGGCAAAAGCUCUGCCGCCGAAGACCCCGACGACGAAAUGACUACAGAGGAGAAGCCCUUCCGCCACAAGUCCUUCGUUCAGGUCCAGGGCUUGAAGAAGUCGGACCGCAAGAAGUAUUACAGCGAAUUAGUCGACUCGAGUAAACUGAAGGCACAGGUGAAGGCCGAACAGGGAUUGGAGCCCAAGGAUGAGCACAGAGAGCCCAAUACAUCGCUAAACUCGACUUCAGGCUCACUCUCAUCGCCGUCGGCGGUAAAGACCGAAGAGGAGGACGAGUCGAGUAUCCGAAAGCCAGCCGUAAACCCAUUCGGCAUUCGACGCGUCGGUGGUAUCGGUCGCGGACUGAGUCCGUCGAUGACUUCGCUGAACCGAAGCGUCCAAUCGAUCGGUAUGUCUAACGUUAAACGCGAGAGCGAUGGCGACAACCGCUCGGAAUCCACUAAACGAUUCUCACCCGACUCUUCAUACAACGACUCCAUACCUUUUUGAGGCAUAUUUCGCACACUUUUAGCACACAUUUCAAACACUUUUAAAAGUUUAUUUUUAUUUCACUAUACAUUCGCUCAAUAAUUGUGUUUUUAAAAUAUUUGGUCAAUUAUU